GAUUCUUCACUUAAUAAAUAUUAAUAAAACAAAAAAAUUUUACUAAAUAUACCUCCACAAAUCCUCAUUCUCUUAUAUCGUCCGUCGUUAAACUGCUGUUUAUUGCUUUCAAAAUUAAAAAAAAAAUACUACAAUACAAUACACAAAUUAUAUUACACAACCAAUAGAACAAAGAUUCAAAAAUAUGAACUAAACAUCCCAAAUGAGAAAAGAAAAACACUUCGUUCCAAAAAUAAAUAAAAAAAUGUUUCGACAUACUUAUUCAUUUAACCAAAAAUAUUGCAUGCGCAAAGCAGAGAGCCCAGACCCAAAAAACCCAAAAAAAAAACAUUUUAAACAUAAAAACACCCACACUUUUAUUAAUACAAAGAUAACCAAUUAUUAAUUAUAUCUUAUAUAUAUAUUAUAUCUUACAUACCCAUUAACUUUUUAAUAACAAGCAUGAUUUAGUCCCCGAAUAACUGGUAAGGUGUAUCUAGUAACCUAGUGAAUGUGAGAACUCAAAAUUUCGUAACUUAUUUGGCAUAUCGAUAGAUAUUGGAGAAUAUAAUGAAAAAGAUCGAAUUGUUUUGGGAGAUUUCUGUGUAGCUUGUGGGCGUUAGAUUGGGCAUGCAGAAAGUUUUUGACUAAUCGAUAGAAAUUUACAAAACAUACAAAAAUAUAAAAAAAUAUUAAAACAUUUUUCAAAAGUGUGGGCGUGGGAAAGAGUUGUUUUACAUAUCGAGAGAAUAUUACAAGUUUAACAAAAAAAUGAAAAUAUAUAAUCUAGAAUGUUGAGAUUAAGCAUGCUACCAUCAACAUUUGGAACAUUUGGAAACUAACUUCCCCCUGCCGUUUACAUACUUUUCAACGAAUCUAGUACUCUAGUACCCUUUUACUCUACGAGUAACGGCAAUAAAUAAUAAUUAUUAUUUUUAUAUAUUUUUACUGCAAAGCAACUUUUUUCUAAAUUCUUAUAUAUAUAUGUCAUCAUCAUUAUUAGUCUUAUUUUUAUUUUCUAUGUUCCAUCUCUCAUAAAUAAAAUUCGUAUCGAGCUGUUCUUGUCUUCGUUUCUUUUUGAUCGCUGUUCGCUGUGUUCCGUUAUGCGAGUUUAACGGAUUUUGCUCUGUUCUACAUAGCCUCGGUUCGACGAUGCGUUAGAGUGAGACAAAUGCUUGUCCUGUGGUGGGUUCGGACCAGCAUGUAUCAAGCGAGAUAGAGCGAUGUUGAAAUGUACACGGGUCACUUAUGUUUGAAAACUCUGAGAAAGGAGACGCGUGAAUAUGUCGCAACCGAGGAAGUGUACGACUCGCGGGCGGAGCGCGGCAACAGAGGACCCCGAAACAGUUAACUUCCCGACAUCAGAAGUGGGAUCGCCUCAGCCCCAAGCCAUCACUGAUGAUCGCCUGUCCACAAUUUUAGAAAUGCAGCAUCGUAAUCUAUUGGAAAUUGUAAAUGCCGUGAGGGGCUCGCAGACUACACAAGUAGUUGUACUACCCAAGUUCAACCCUGAGUCCGCCGGGUCAAGUGCAGCCACUUGGUGCUCUACAGUGGACCUUAUUGUAGGAGAAAAUCCUCUGGAUGGCAGUGCUUUGCUCAUGGCCUUAACCAAAUCAUUGGAGGGCAGUGCUUCUAAUUGGCUGUCACAAAUUUGUUUCGCCGGAAUGACUUGGAGCCAAUUUCAAGAAAUGUUCCUUCAGCAGUAUGAAGGCAAUGAGACGCCAGCAGCAACAGUCUUUAAUGUAUUAAACGGGCGGCCAAACGACGGCGAAUGUCUUGCGCUGUAUGGUAGCCGAUUAAUAACAACACUUAUGGCAAAAUGGAAGUCUAUGACCGCAGAAGAAAUUGCAGUGUCUGUUGCCCUGGCACAUGCUGCAAAUAUAGAUGGUAGGCUGCAACGCACUGUGUUCACAACUACUGUCAAAACACGCAACGAGUUGCAGAACGAGCUAAGAGCGUUUUCGUAUGGCAAGAGGAAGGACCAUCCCGUUCCAGAAAAUUCUACCAGCAAAAGAGCUCGCCUACACCCAAAUGUUAAGUGCCACUUUUGUGGAAAAAUUGGCCACAAGAUAGCUGACUGCCGCUCCAUGAAAAACAACUUAAAGAAUCAAAAAGGAUCUAGUUCGAGUAUUGGGCGCUUAUCUGACUCUAAACCUGGGUCAAUUACUUGCUAUAGAUGUGGAAACCAGGGGCAUAUAGCGUCAGCUUGCCCUGCAAGACAAUCGUUGUCAAACCAAACUAAAGCCGACGAGAAGCGUGUCAACGUGUGUCACGUAGUCGAGCCAAUUGGAACAUUGAUAUCAUCUGGUGAGUCGUAUCCAUUUUAUUUCGACUCUGGAGCCGAAUGCUCACUUGUAAGAGAAUCUGUGUCCACCCAACUCUCGGGCACACGAAUUAACAACAUUGUAGUUUUAAAGGGUAUCGGAAAUAAUACUGUUACCAGUACAUUACAAAUUUUGUCAAACGUAACAAUAAGUGGUUACUGUCUCGAAGUGCUUUUUCACGUAAUUCUUAAUGAUUGCAUUAAUUAUAAUAUUAUAAUUGGACGCGAAAUUUUAAGUCAGGGAUUUAGUGCUACUAUAACAAUAGAUAAAAUAGAGUUAUGUAAAACAAGGUCUGUGCAAACCCUAUCUGCUUUGAGUAGUAGUUUUAGUCUUGAAAAUGUUAAUACCGAAUUGUGUGGCGAGGAUAGGAAAAUCUUGGUAAAUCUUUUGAAUGAAUUCUGUGACUCAUUUAUAGACGGUUUUCCCAAAAAUCGUGUUACAACUGGCGAAUUAGAAGUACGCUUAAUUGAUCCAAUAAAAACUGUACACAGACGACCGUACCGACUUAGUAUAGAGGAAAAACAAAUUGUCCGAAACAAGGUUAAUGAGCUGCUGUUAGCUAACAUCAUCCGUCCUAGCAGCUCACCGUUCGCCAGUCCAGUUUUACUCGUUAAAAAGAAAAAUGGUUCUGAUCGUCUUUGCGUGGAUUACCGCGAACUAAAUACAAACACAGUUGCAGAGAAAUAUCCCUUACCACUAAUUAGUGACCAAAUAUCUAGGUUGCGUGGAGCAAGUUUCUUUAGUUGCUUGGAUAUGGCCAGCGGGUUUCAUCAGAUACCUAUUCACGCAAAUUCAAUUGAGCGCACGGCUUUUGUGACACCUGACGGCCAAUUCGAAUUUCUAACUAUGCCCUUCGGGUUAAAGAAUGCCCCAUCCGUGUUCCAGCGUGCAGUUAUGAAAGCUUUGGGUGAGCUUGCCCACUUAUCGUUAUCGUUUAUAUGGACGAUAUAAUGAUUAUCGCAGAAACAAAAGAAGAAGCUUUUGUAAGGUUAAGGACAGUUUUGAAAAUAUUAUCGCAGGCUG